CGGCAAUUGGAUUAAGCGAAAUGCAAGAUACAACGAAAUAUGAUAUUUCAGCUUCAUUGGUAGGAAAAAGCAAUAUCCUCAUGAGACUUAUGCCUCAGGUUUUAAAUGCAUUAUUGAAGGUUUUAGCCAGCCAAGCACCAUCCUGUGCACUAAUACAAUUGCAUACAGGGUGGUUCUUGCAGAAGCUACUUAGUUUUCAAGGAAACAGACUCAAUGAUCACCAUCUCCAGCUUUUCAAUACUUCGUAUCAGCGGUCAUGUGAACGUCUUCAGAAAGAACUUGAUGGAGGCUGGUUUGAUCAAAUCCUGGAAACUUUGAGGGAUGAAUGGGCAAACUGUAAAACAGCUCUCGAGGAACCUUUGCAAUCCAAAAAUCCCUUGUUCGCGCUUGAGCUUGCUUUUUGCCAACAAACAACUGAUGGCAGCACAACUUCUUCCAAAUUUUCUUGGCAAACGAUGGUUGAUGCAGUGAAGGUUUUCACUCUCCAUGUUCAACUGAAGACGUUUAUUGUCAAAGGAAAUUUACUUGAGAACCCCUUUCUAGAAUUGACAAGUGGUCCUGCCACAGAUUCUGAAAUAUCCCAAUCUUCAGAUCUAUCAUCUGCAAGCUUUGGGUCGGAGGUUUUUCUAGGAUCUGGAUUCCCAUGCAGAAUUGCUUUUUCUAAUGCUGGGGUCAGGGAUAUCUACCUGAUACCUGUGGCUAGAGGAAUAUCUGGCAAACUGAUUCUUGCAGAGAAACAUCCUUUCCGAAGUCAACGAGGUGUUGUAAUUGCUAUAGCUCCACUGGCGGGUUUGAGUCCAAAGAUAGAUGAGGACCAUCCGACAUGGUUGCAUCUUCGGAUAAAAGAAUUUGACCCAAGAUCUAACGCAAGUAAAACUAGAGGCUUCAACGCGAAGAAGUCCAAUAUUGGAGUAGACGGGAGAUGGACACUUGGUUUUACUAGUGAGAAGGCUUGUGAAGCUGCUCGCUUAUUGAUACUCGAAGAAACUCAUAAACAGAGAUCCCUUGUUGAGAGCAUACUUGCUUCAUUCCUACGAAAUGAUCAUCUUGAAAACGCGCUUGACACUCAAGUUGGAUGAAGCUCUUGGACUCUCCGGGCAAGGAUUGUAGGUUAGUUUACUGACUAAAAUACCUCAGUUAUUUCAUUAUUAUGUUGUUUCGGUUUUUCAUUUUGUCACCAAACAAUUUUGUACAAUAAAAUAUAUAGGAAGAGUUUGUAAAAAUAAUAAGUUUCUGUAAUUCACCAUCUGGAUCAAUGGUGUAACUCUGUAAACGAAAAAAGUUGUUUUCUUCCCUAAAGAAAUAAUAUUCACAUUCAAAUAUAGAAACUGCCAUUUG